CAGGCAUUGUAAGAAUCCACUAUCCAGGUUUUACUCUGAUCUUGAAGCUUCUCACGCUGAAACUAUUAAAGCAAUGAGCAGAACUUAGGAGAGGAUUUGCUUCUUGGUUUAUUAUUUAAAUACCUUCAAAAGUAUAACCAGAAACCUUGGACUAGUUUUUCACACUGUGUGUAAAAUUCAUGGGUUCCUUGACUUGUGUUCUGAUGUAAUGUCUGGACUUAUCAGAUUUCUGAUUGCCAUGGCUGCAGUUGACAGUUUCUACCUCUUGUACCGGGAGAUUGGUCGUUCUUGCCAUUGUUAUGUGGAGGCACUGGCUUUAGUUGGAGCCUGGUAUACGGCCAGAAAAUGCUUCACUCUUGUAUGUGAUUCUUACAGCUUGAUCAGACUGCAUUUCAUUCCCAAGCUGGUGAGCAGGGCUGAUUUGGUCAAGCAGUAUGGAAGAUGGGCUGUAGUCACUGGUAGCACAGCUGGUAUUGGAAAAGCCUAUGCGGAGGAACUGGCAAGCCGUGGCAUCAACAUUAUCUUAAUCAGCCGGAGCAAAGAGAAGCUGGAGGCCGUAGCUAAAGACAUAGCCGAAACCUAUAAAGUUGAAACUGCUGUUAUAGUAGCAGAUUUCAGCAAAGGUCGUGAGGUUUACUCUUCCAUUAAGGAAGCCCUAAGAGACCAAGACAUUGGGAUUUUGGUGAAUAAUGUAGGAGUGUUUUAUUCCUACCCGGAAUAUUUUACCAGGUUGUCUGAGGACAAAGUGUGGGAAAUUGUCAAUGUAAAUAUUGCUGCUGCUAACAUGAUGGUGCAUAUAGUGCUGCCAGGAAUGGUACAGAGGAAAAGAGGUGCAAUUGUGAAUGUUUCUUCUGGAUCCUGCUGCAAACCCACACCACAGAUGGCAGCGUAUUCAGCCUCCAAGGCCUACUUGGACCACUUCAGUAGAGCACUACAUUACGAAUAUGCUUCAAAAGGAAUCUUUAUUCAGAGUUUAAUCCCAUUCUUCAUCUCCACAAAAAUGACACAAUUUGGUGAUCACAUUCUGUCAAACAAGUUUUUGUUUGUGCCUUCAGCUAAAGUAUAUGCACGUCAUGCUGUUUCCACCCUUGGGAUAUCCAGAAGGACUACAGGAUACUGGAUCCAUUCUAUUCAGUUUCUGCUUGCACAGUACAUACCAGAAUGGUUCUGGGUUUGGGGAAUGCAGAUUCUCAACAGUGCUCUACGUCGGGAUGCCGUAUCCCACAGAAUAUAUUAGGAAUGUCAUCUAGGAAAUAGCCAAUGUGCUAAACUACUGCAGUAACCUAAUUUGAGCAUUGGAAGAACUCUUUUAGAAAAAACAAAGUUUGCUAGUAUGUUUUCAUCACAAACAAUAUACGUAUCAUAGUUACCAGAAAAGUCUGGAUCCUGCCCCUCUCUUUGUACUACUGGGCUCAGAGCAAAAGCUAAGCAGGACAUAACUGAUUUUUGUCGAGUUUAGUUUAGAUAGCUAUAUCGCUGAGUUUCUCAUGUAACUGAAUGAGAGUGGGCAGUGUGCUGAUCCUGCAUGGAAUUGACUGGCUUCUGUAUGGAAAUCCUAAUAAUAUGAAUGGGAAUUUAGGUAGCCUGGUGUUUUGCAGGAUUGGCACUGGAAGAGGUGAAGGGGAUCCCAAAUCAUGUUGUGUUAUAAAGACAAUCUCAGAUUUUAGUUUAACUAAAUCUCUCUACAGUGGACUAUCUUGUGUUGGUUUUCCAGUCUUGUCAUUGCAGGUGUUACGUUGAAAAAUGUAUAAGGUUACUUUUCAAAACUGGGAAAAGGGUAGGAUGCAUUUAAGCCUUUUUAGUUAAUUCUUUUGUUCGUGUGACAGAGCAGCAAUAAAGUUCAAAUAAAAAUGUUUGCUUGCUUUCCUGUA